CCACCGACCGCUGCUGCAGCUGAACAGCAAUCGUACCAGCCCACAGGCACCUUAACAUCACAUUUCAGGCUAUUUCUUCAGAUUCCUCGCUCGUCGGAUACUACUCGUGCACUGCAAAUGCAAGCCAUUAAGUGUGUCGUUGUCGGCGACGGUGCCGUGGGUAAGACAUGCCUGCUCAUCAGCUACACCACUAAUGCCUUCCCAGGAGAGUAUAUUCCCACAGUAUUUGACAACUACUCUGCCAAUGUUAUGGUGGAUGGUAAACCUGUCAACUUAGGCCUCUGGGAUACAGCAGGACAAGAGGACUAUGAUCGCCUUAGACCACUCUCCUAUCCCCAAACGGAUGUGUUUUUAAUUUGCUUCUCACUGGUGAGCCCUGCUUCCUUUGAGAAUGUAAGAGCAAAGUGGUACCCUGAGGUUCGCCAUCACUGUCCAAACACCCCCAUCAUACUUGUGGGCACUAAACUUGAUCUGCGAGAUGACAAAGACACGAUUGAACGUCUGCGGGAUAAGAAACUAGCUCCCAUCACUUAUCCGCAAGGGCUUGCUAUGGCUAGAGAGAUUGGUGCUGUGAAGUAUCUGGAGUGCUCUGCUCUUACUCAACGGGGUUUAAAAACAGUGUUUGAUGAGGCCAUCCGCGCUGUUUUAUGUCCUCCACCUGUAAAGAAAAGGGGCAAGAAGUGUACUGUAUUUUGAGAAACACCGCAACUCAUUUCUUCAUUGAUAUGCCAUGUAAACAGUGGGCUCUUGCUCUUCAGCUCUCCUGUUAGCAACAGAUAAAUCCAGCUUGUGAGGUGACAAACUGCAGAGACAUGCAUUUCCAUGGUGUGUCUGGUAUAACAGAUAUAUUUGACCCUGGACCACAAACCCAGUCACAAGGGUC